ACGACAAAAAAAAAAAAUUAUUCAGCACUACAGGUUUCAUUUAGCGCUGUUGCUAGGCAGAAUGGCGACAAAGCAGCAUUUUUGGAGCGAUAGUGAGACAACAUUCAUGCUGGACGAAAUGAAAGAUUUGAAUAUCCUUCAGCUUCUAGACGGUAGGAAAUACAGGAACGCAGACAUGUUUAAGAAGCUGUCAGAUAAGAUGGCCUUGGCAGGGUUUAGCCGGAGUGUGGAGCAGAUCCGCACCCGCUGGAAAGUCCUGCGCCAGUCUUAUUUCAGAGCGAAGCGGCAGAGCAGCAGCGGGGUCAGUCCGCUCGACUGCCCCUAUUUCGACAUCCUCGAAGAUCUUUUAGGUCCCAUCCAUUUCUCAGCCACCGAGGGCAGUGGAGUAGAUGUGGGCUUCCAGGAGCGAACGCCAAGCCAACCAGCCGAGGAUGCGGCCUCAUCGCUCUCAUCACCAGAGUGUGCUGAAGAUACGGAGACACGAGACAUCCCUGUGGAAACUGAAUCAGUCCACCUUUUACAAUCUGCACCUCAGCAACGUUCCCCAGGUUCAAAAAUCAGAAAAAAGAAGCGCAAGGUUGAUCAAGACCACUACAGCUUCCUGGAGAAUUUGCAAAGGCAGCAUCAGCAGUGGCUGGCAGAGCAGACGCAGCAGCAACAGGAGCGUGAUGAACGUUUUAUUUCAUCUCUUAUGGCGGCCAAUGCACAGGCGACAGAACGGGUUGUUUCUUUAAUGCUUGAAGGUCUCCAGAAGAUGAUUACUCCACAUGUGAACAGUCCACACUGUUCAACAGAACUGCACCAUCCUGCUCAAAAUGGAAUUUCAAAUCCUCGGUCAUUGAUAAAGAAUGAAGACUUUGAGGACUAUGAGACAGGGUAGCGCAAGUGUUUCAACUGUUUGGCACAGCAGUAAAGCAGAGGCAGUGUACUCUGCAGCAGCACGGAGCUAAGAAUGAAGUCCUGGUAAGCCCCAUAGAGGAUCUAGCAUUUAUAACUAGUGUAUAACACAAGGCAAGCUACACGUUGAACAGUAGCAAAAAGCAAAGCCGAGAGUAGCACAAGCAAACGUUACCAACAUGCAUCUUUAUAAAAACAUCACAUGAACAAAGUUUGAUGCCCUUGUCUUGAAGCCACAGAUUUUCUGUGCAUUUGUUGUCAAAACAGCUGUGCUGCCUUAGUAUCUUUCCUACAUUCAAAACUGCUGGGUCACUAAUUUAAUUUACUCUGACACAUUGUUUAGAAAACUAAGACUGACUGACUUUCAACAUCGCUGUUGAAUUCUUGAAUCAGAUUGAAAGCAGAUGGCAUUAAUUACUUUUUUUUUUUUUUUAAAUAACAGAAGCUGACAGUAGUGCCAGCUGUAAUGCAGACCACGGUUUCAUAUUAAUGUGCUGCUUCUAAUUCUGUAUCAUUUCUAUAGCAAAGAGUGACUUGUAUGGAAGAUGCUCUACAAUAAUCUAGCCGUAAUAAUAUGGAUUAAAAAAGGUUUAUUUUAACCAAUAAAAACAUUGUUGAUGUGGUGAAUCCAUGUUUGCCUACAUGGAAAAGUCCUCAGAGGAUGUUGCACUUUCAGGUUUC